UUGCUUCUUCAUUUCAGAUCAUGAAUACUCAUUUACAGCAUGUUCGCCAGCGUCUUCAAAUGGUAGAAUUGGAUAGUUUAUGGAAUUUGAGUGGUUAUGAGGUAGACGGUUUGGAACUAAUCAUAGCAGUUAGAAUACAGUUAAACAUGGAGAGAA